AUGAAAAACGUGCAAGUAAACGAAGAGCUUUGUUCACUAGUGAAAAUUGCGUGUCCAAUCCUAAUGACGAGCAUGCUCCUUUACUCCCGCUCUGUUGUCUCCAUGCUCUUCCUCGGUCGCCUUGGAAAGGCUGAGCUGGCAGGCGGCUCCCUAGCCCUCGGCUUUGGCAACAUCACCGGCAACUCAAUCCUUCGAGGCCUCUCUACUGGCAUGGACCCUAUAUGCUGCCAAGCCUACGGUGCCAAGCGUUUGUCCGUCCUUUCACAAACCUUCCAAAAAACCCUAUGCCUCCUCCUUCUUGUGUCCAUCCCAAUCUCUGCUCUUUGGCUCAACAUGGAGCCAAUUUGCAUUUGGCUUGGCCAAGACCCCGCCAUCACACGUGUCGCGAAAAUCUACAUGGCUUGCUCGAUCCCCGAGCUCCUAGCACAAGCCCAUCUCCAACCUCUUCGGAUCUUCCUAAGAACACAAGGCCUAACUGCUCCUCUAACAAUAGCUGCCACAUGUUCAGCCGUUCUACACCUUCCAAUUAACUACUUUUUAGUCACUUAUCUCAAAUUGGGUGUUGGUGGGGUGGCAUUGGCCUUGGCUUGGAACACUUUGAACCUAAAUGUGGGCUUGGUUAUUUACAUCUUGGUCUCCAGUAAGCCCUUGAAUCCCUGGCAUGGGCUAACCAUUUUUUCUACUUUUACGGGCUGGGGCCCAUUGUUAAAACUGGCCCUUCCAAGUUGCGCCUCCAUUUGCUUGGAAUGGUGGUGGUAUGAGAUCAUGAUGUUUUUGUGUGGCGUGUUAAGUAAUCCUCAAGCAAGUUUGGCCUCCAUGGGGAUUUUAAUUCAAACCACUGGGAUGUUGUACGUUUUCCCCAUUUCCUUAAGCACGGGCUUGACGACGCGUGUCGGGCACGCAUUGGGCUCAGGGCAACCGAGCCGAGCCCAAUGGACAGCAAUACUCGGGCUCACCGUCGCUUUUGUGUUUGGUCUUUCGGCCUUUCUUUUUAUGAUAGCCGCAAGGUCAUGGUGGGGCAAGCUUUACACUGACGAGCCACAAGUCUUGCAAUUGGUGUCCAAAACACUACCGUUGCUUGGGCUUUGCGAGCUUGCAAACACCCCGCAAACCGCCGCCUGCGGAGUCUUAACAGGCACGGCCCGGCCCACCAUGGGGGCUAGAAUAAACUUGUGUGCCUUUUACGGGGUAGGGUUACCUGUCGCGGUCGGCGCCGCUUUUGGGCUUGGGGUUGGGUUUAGGGGCCUUUGGAUUGGGCUUCUCUCGGCCCAGGUUUCAUGUUUUGGUAUGCUGAUUUAUACAUUGGUUAGAACGGAUUGGAAGCAAAUGAGUAAACGGGCCGAGGAACUAGCUUCAAGAACAGAGGAUAAAGAGAAGGCAAAUGAGAAGAGAGAUGAAGAAAGUGGACUGCUAAGUACUGACACUGAAUUAACUGAAAUCUCAUGA